AUGCUGGCCCUCCGCGACCAGGAAAAUCUCGUUCACAACCACCAGACCGUUGCCGCGUCGAAACCAUUGAAUCAAAGUACCAGACAGCUACAGCCGAAGACUCCAGGAAACCGAGCCCCGAAGACUCCCUUUAAGGUGCCGUUGAAGGAUGAGAACGACCCGUUAGCAUUUGGAAAUAAGACAGUGAAGACGCUGGGAAAACAAAAUGAAAACGCUAGACCCUCCGUCAAGGAUGCUUUCGUCACUCCUAUGGGAGACAACCGCCAUCGUGCUCCCCUGGGGAUGAAGACGACCAAUGCCAAAGCGAGAGGCCUACAAACCCCCGCAGCCCCUGUUGGGACUAUAAAGCCUGAGAGGACGACCAAGAAGGGCUCUACACAGCGCGUCAAAAAAUUCUCCCCGUUCAUUGAACACCCACAGCCUGAGGUUCAGGCACAGCCGACGCAGGAUGACGUACCUGAUAUCGAGUACAUGCCGCCGAAGCCCAAGGACCUUUCCGACUACCCUGAUGAUAUUACGUACGACACCACAUUUCCCCAGUUUCGACCUGAAAACUUGGCGCUGGGUUUAGAGAGCGUUUACGGCGAAAACGAGAUUGGAAGUGACGGCCUUACAAAACGGCAGCGCAAAUAUCAAAAGGACGCCGCCGCAUAUGACAGAAUGGUUGACGACGCAAUUCUCAAACAAAUUGAAAACAUCGGCUUUACUGAACACGGAGAGGACGACCAGUCGAAACGGCUUCCCGCUGCAGAGAUUCCUCAACGCCGUAUUCAAGCGCGAAACUCACGACUUGUUUCAGGCAAACCAAACUACUCGAGCGGUGUUUCCACACUUCGUGCUCGAGACGCCGCCAAAGCUCUUUCCGGCAACGAGCGGACUAUAUCACGAACUAGAGCAGUCCCGAUCGUCAAACCCAGAGCCAGGAUUGCUUCGUCACUUUUCCCUUCAAAGAAACCUAGAACGCCCGCCAACCCCUCUUCCAUGCGGCACACUGCCGCUGUUAUCGACUCUCGAACGACUGUGGGCUAUACUAAAGGCAGAGAGAUGUCAUCCCGACUGCACGGUACGGCUAAAACAUCUACAACAAAGCCGGCAGCCACACGGGCUCUAUCCCCGGAGACCUAUGCUCGGCCAUACGGACCCCAGUCCCUCGACACGGAAAGCGACCAAUUGGCCGAAGAGCUGUUUCCUGCUUACGAAGAAGAUGAAGAGACUCAGAACUUUCAGCUAACUUUGUGA